AUGAACACUGAAUGGGGCUUAUCUGCAGUGCCCUCUCGGCUGAAAGAUGUUCAGCGGAAACACAAGGAGACUCUGCGGGCACAGACUGAAACACUGAGAGUGAACACGAUCCUGAUGAAGGAGAAGGAAGAGGUUUUCCAGCUCGAUGAUCGAUACGCUGAGCUCACGGUCGUUUCUACUGUUCGAGAUCGGACAGUGCUGGAACAUGAGUUGCUGGCAAGAGGCAGAGACCACGAGGAGUGGGGAGAGGAACAACUCCAGAAAGAGGUAGAGAAAAUCCGUAUUGACGAACUGUUUCGAAACAGUUACUCACGUGGUUUUCGGGACCGAAUGAAGAGAUUUUUCAGACGAUCGACUUCGGGAUGUUCGACAGCAGUGGCUGGAGUCCCGGGGGUCGGGAAAACAACAAUGGUACAAAAGAUUGUUUAUGACUGGGUUGCGGGGAAAAUAUACCAACAGUUCCAAUUUGUCUUCAGUUUCAAAUUCCGGAAUUUAAACUCCAUUAACAGUCGAAUAAACCUGAGGGAACUGAUUCUGGAUCAAUAUCCUUACUUUGGGAAUUUGCUGAGAGAGGUCUGGAAAAACCCAGAGGUAUUGCUCUUUAUAUUCGAUGGUUUGGAUGAAUUCAAGCACAAAAUCGAUUUUGCUGACAGCCGGAGAGACACAGAACCUCAGCAUCAGUGCCGAGAUCCCGAGUUACCGUGUGAAGUGUCGGUUAUUGUGUACAGUUUAAUGCAGCACCAGCUACUCCCAGGUUGUUCAGUGCUGGUGACCACCCGCCCCACUGCACUAGGUUCAUUGGAAACGGCAGCGAUCAGUGUCUGGGCUGAAAUCCUAGGAUUUGUUGGAGAGGAAAGGAAGGAAUAUUUCAUUAGGCAUUUUGAAGAUCAGACAGUGGCAACAGCUGUUUUCAAACACGUGAAGGAGAACGAGGUCCUGUACACCAUGAGCUACAACCCAUCCUACUGCUCUAUCCUCGCUCUGGCACUGGGUCCCUUCUUCACGCAAACAGACAGGGACCCGCAGCAAAUUCCCAGAACUAUUACCCAGCUAUAUUCCCAAUACAUCUGCAACAUCCUCAAAAACCACGGCCGUGAGAUUGAGAACACCCGUGAUGUGUUACUCAGAGUUGGUCAGAUGGCCUUCAUGGGUGUGUCGGAGAGGAAGAUUGUAUUUACAGAUGACGAUUUGAUCAACUACAAUCUACAGCCUUCGGAAUUCCCGUCAGGGUUCCUGAUGAAAGUUUUGGAGAGAGAUGAUUCUGCCCGGAGCGUGGUGUAUACGUUCCCAUACUUCACCGUCCAAGAAUUUCUAGCUGCACUCGCACAAUUCCUGACUCUACCUCCCGACGAAAUCCUGAAAUUCCUCACUGAAGCCCACAGCACGACAGAUGGGCGAUUUGAGGUAAUUCUCCGUUUUCUUGCUGGUUUCUCCACCCCAAUAGCCGCCUUGGGCCUGGAGGGGAUGCUGGGUAAAUUUCCUCAUGAGACCAUCUGCCGGGUGAUUGACUGGUUGAAGGAGGAAGUUAAACAUCAGACUAGAAACACUGGGAGUGAAGCUGGUAAAAGGAACCUCCUGAAAACAUUACACUACCUGCUCGAGUCUCAGAAUCGUGGACUGGCUCAGGAUGCACUGGGAUCUGUGGAAACACUUUCACUCAGUGGAAUGAGACUAACCCCGAUUGACUGCGCGGUCCUGGCUCAUGUCAUCGGACUCUGUGAUACAAUAGAACAGCUUGAUCUGGUUCGGUGCCACAUUCAGUGUGAAGGAAUCCAGCGGCUUGGACCCGUAAUGCACAAAUGCCAGGAGUUGGGACUUGGAAUGAUUGACCUGGGUGAUUCAGGAGUGAAACUGGUGUCUGCGGCUCUGAGGAACACGGACUGUAAAAUACAGAAACUGCGUCUGAACAAGGUCGGUCUCACAGAAUGUGGUGCCGAGGACUUUGCCUCAGCUCUCAGUGCAAACCGAUCACUGACGGAUCUGGUCCUGAGUGGUAAUAACCUGGGAGAUUCAGGAUUGAAACUGGUGUCUGCGGCUCUGAGGAACCCGGUGUGUAAAAUACAGAAGUUGUGGCUGGACAAUGUCGGUCUCACAGAUUCUGUUGCCGAGGAUCUCGUCUCCGCUCUCAUUACAAACCGAUCACUGAGAAAGCUGAACUUGGAAUUUAACUCGCUUACAGACCGAUCUAUCCCCGCACUCCGUCGUCUUAUACUGGCCCUCCCGAGUCUAGAGUGGAUUGCGCUGGAAAGGAAUCAGUUUAGUCGGACCGGGGAGAAAGAACUGAAGGCUCUGCAAGAACAGAAGCCAAGGCUGCGAGUGUACUUGUGAUUAUCUGAAAGUGUGGACAUGCCCACCGCGGGAUGUUGAUCUUUAAUGGCCGCGCUCCAGGUUUAAUUCGCCAAUGUUUUAUGGGACCUUGGCUGCAGCCACCGCUCUUUGUCGUUAGAGGCGCUCCCUCAGUCACGUAAUCCGGCCUCUUGUCCAGCGGCGCUGCUUCCGCCGAAUCUGAUUAUCCAUGUUUCUGAGGGGGAGGGGCGGGAAUUGACAGGGAGAACCGGAUGGUGGGACGUAGUCUGGGACAGCAGUGUCCCGGAUCCGAUGAUCCUCGGAGAGAAAGGGCGGCCCGCUAGCGUAGUCGUUAGCGCAACUCGUUACAGUUCAGGCUACCCGGAUUCAGUACCCGUCCCCACCCACCUCCACCCGCCCGCCCCCUCCCCUCUACGUUGCCUAUAUGGAGUUUCUAGGUUCACACCCUGUCCGUGUUGGUUUCCACCCACUCUCCAAAGGUCCAAAGUCUUACCAUUUGGAAGGUUUAUUUGUCAUUUUAAUUUGUCUUGCGAUGAGGCUAGGGUGAAAUCGGAGGAUUGGUGGGCGGCGCGCCUUGAAG